GCGCUUGGCGAUGCGAUGCGAUGCUCCUCUCCCCACCCGAGCGAAUCCCCGCGGGGCAGCGACUCCCACCGCGGCUCCUGCGGGCGGGUGAACACGGACCCGGCCCCGGGACCGGGCGGCGCGGGGCCCGCGGGCAUGCGCGGGGCCGCCCCCGGCCCGCCCGGCGCCGGGCAUUGGUGGCGGGGCGGUGGUGGCGGGGCCGCCGCGCCCGCCUCCCGCCGCCGCUCCCCCAGCACCGCCCGGCCAAGUUUAAACACCCCCGGCCGAGCCGCCCGGAGUUCGCGGGAGUUACCGGGACCGGCGGCAGCGGGACCGCCCCGCCCGGAGCGCGCCCGCCGCCGCCUAUGCGGGAGCCGCGGGGCCGGGCGAGCCAUGGACGGCGGCGGCGGAGGGGUGCCGCCCGCCCUGGAGAAGAACGCGGCGGAGCUGACGGUCAUGGACGUGUACGACAUCGCCUCGGCCGUGGGGCAGGAAUUUGAGCGGGUGAUCGACCAGCACGGCUGCGAGGCCAUCGCCCGCCUCAUGCCCAAGGUGGUGCGGGUGCUGGAGAUCCUGGAGGUGCUGGUGAGCCGCAACCACAUCAACCCCGAGAUGGAGGAGCUGCGCCUGGAGCUCGACCGGCUGCGCCUGGAGAGGAUGGACCGCAUCGAGAAGGAGAGGAAGCACCAGAAGGAAUUAGAACUGGUGGAGGAUGUCUGGAGAGGGGAAGCACAGGAUCUUCUUACCCAAAUUGCACAGCUGCAGGAGGAGAAUAAACAACUGAUGACAAACUUGUCUCACAAAGACAUUAAUUUCACAGAAGAGGAAUUUCAGAAGCAUGAAGGGAUGUCAGAGAGAGAACGGCAAGUCAUGAAGAAGCUGAAGGAAGUGGUAGAUAAACAGAGGGAUGAAAUCAGGGCAAAGGACCGGGAACUUGGACUUAAAAAUGAGGAUAUAGAGGCUCUUCAGCAGCAGCAGAACAGGCUGAUGAAAAUUAACCACGACCUGCGGCACCGGAUCACGGUGGUUGAGGCGCAGGGGAAGGCGCUGAUCGAGCAGAAGGUGGAGCUGGAAGCGUAUCUGCAAACCAAGGAGCAGGAGAUGGGCAACCUGAGAGCAGAGCUGGGCAAGCUCAGAGAAAAGCUGCAGGGUGAGGACAGCCAGGCCAGCCAAAAUGGGGAGGAAGUAAAGGCAGAACCAAACAAUGAUGAUUGUCUCUCUGAGUCAGAAAAAAUGGCAAUGGACUUAAAAGAUCCCAAUCGCCCAAGAUUCACCCUGCAGGAGCUCCGGGAUGUUCUUCACGAGAGGAAUGAACUGAAAUCUAGAGUGUUUUUGCUUCAGGAGGAGCUUUUAUAUUACAAAAGUGAGGAAAUAGAAGAAGAAACUAGAUCCCCACAGCCUACACCCAUAAUUCAGCCAAAACCCUCAACUCAGCCUGAAUCUGGAAUCAAACGACUGAUCUUUACAGCCAUAAUGCCCAUGGUAGCAGCUGGAUUGAUUCCAGACGAUCCCACAUUGCAGCCAAUAAGAAGACUUGUGUCCCUUGUUUAGUUUCUUCUCUCGUGAUAAAAAACGUAUGCAGGCAUCACAGAAAAAUGUCCACUUCCAGGAAACUUUUGGACAAUGGUCACAUUCAAACAGAGAUGACUCUUACAUGGAACAAGGACAAGAAGCCCUGCAACACCUGUGACUAAACCCCUGAGGUGUUUGGUUUGCUGCAGUAGAUCUCGACAGUCUCGUAACAAGAAGCUUCUGUAAACCAUCGCGGCAGCUCGUCACUUUUACUUGCCUUGCACACCUUGGGGGUUAUUUCAGACUCUCCAAAAGGGAUCCCUCACUGUUCACUUGGUGACUGUUUGCUGCAAACAGGAACCCAGGCUUUGUAGUAACAGUUGCUGACACCCUGGGACAUGGAAGCUUCUAGAUGACUUGUUUUGUGCUGAAUAACAAGUCUAUGAUCUUGUUCAUGCAUUAACUACAGUAACACAAGCUUCUUUAAACCAAAAAAGGACCUCUGCCAUUAUUAGAAGUUUGUUUGCAGUGUAUAUCUAGUAAAGGGCAAAGACUCUUCUACGCUGUUUGUUAACACUACUGGUUGUUUGCUUUUUAUUUCUGUAAGAAUUAUUUCAAGAGGGAUAUGACAGCUGGACACCCUUGGAGGCAGCCCACAGCUCUGCUGUGUCCUGUCAGUGCUGCUGGCAUCGGCAUCUUGCAGAGUCACCCCUUGGAAACCCACCUGGCACAGUGAUAACUGGAGUAGCCUUGAGAGGGACAGUGAGUGUACAUUUCCCUUGUGCUUAUAGUGCCUAAAGCAUGAAGAGCCAAUGUACGAGGUGAGCGUGCCUUGUGUUCUGCAGUAUUAAUGGAAAACAAAUUGCCUACAGGGAGGAAUCCUAACUCUUGAAUUUUUCCCUUCUUACCAGAGACUUCCUCACAGUGUAGCAGGCAGCUGCUGUAAAAGAAUUAGAUCUUUCCCACAGACAGGUUUUUAAUUAAGUCACACUUCAGUUUCCUGUCUAGGUAAGACUGCCCAGCUUCAGAGGGAAACACAUCCUCAACUGGCUGACAUGAACUAUUUCACUGACCUAGACAUGACCCCAACCUUUUCUCUUGACUAAACACUACGUGGGCAGAGCAGAUGAAUUCUGUGUGCGAAGCUGCUCCUCUGGUGGUGGCAGAUGUCUGGGUAGCCCCUGUUACAGGGCUGAACUUGCCAGUAACAGCCCAGCAGCCAACCCCAAGGGCUGGGGCUGGAUCUGCUUUGCAGCUGAGCUGGUGAGACCCGGGCCUGACCGAGAUUGUCCUUCCAAAACUAAAACCUCACAGCAACAGUGCUGUGGACACCCAGUGCCAGUGCACUCCCCAGCUCUGCUCCACACACUCCACGAGGAGCCUGACCAGGAGGGAGAGGGAGCAUGAAUCCAUGGCUCUGUGUGAGGACAGGGCUGAGGUGUCUCCGUGGCCUUGGCCCUGGCUGGGAAGGUCCAUGCUGGAAACCACUGCUCGUGGGGAAGAUCUUGUGCCAGCAGGGCCAUGGGCAGCUUCUGCAUGAGAAACUCAGUUCCAGGGGCUGGGAGCUGCUGUUGGCACCACACCCCCUGCUGCUCCACCUACUCUCUAGAGCCUCUUCUCAGGAGGGGCACCAAGGACAGGAAAUACAGCUCAGGCCAGAGCAAAGCUCCAACUCUCCAGGUACUGAGUGUAGGAGGAACUCUCAAAGGCCUCCAGAGGGCUUCGUGCAGACCAGUUGUUUUUAUUACAGGGUGAUCCAAGAGUGGAUUUUUAAUGUGUGUGAGCAGCAUCUGUAGUAAAACCCUGUCAGUAAAACCUCUCCUUGCAGUGGUGGGCUGUGUGCUGUCCUGCUUCUGGCUGUAAUUGCUUCAUUCCAACGUGGACCUUCUGUGUGUUCUAGGUAGGGAAAGUGUUUACUGUGCCCCCCUGGUGCCACUGCAGCUCAGGGCAGGGGGGACACGUGGUCUUAUAUGGGACAUGGUGAUCAGAGUCUAAUGUGGGUAUGGGCUAGAUGUGUUUUUGCCUGGUUAUGUUUUGGUAACAUCCUUAAAACAGCAGCACUUCUCCCCUCCUCUGAAAAGCAACUCUUAAAUGGGGGGAGUGUCUUCAUUUAAUAAUACUUAAAUUGCCAGGAUCUGUCUUCACUUCCAUAUAAGAAAACAAAAAGUGCAGUACAGUCAUACCAGGCAGUUAAAUUGUGGAUGACCCCAUGGAGUCUGUCCCGAGUGCAGUUCAGUCGUGUGGCUCAUUCAGAAGGGAUACAGUGAGCAGAAAGAACGCAGGAACGUGGGCCUGAGUAAGCAGAUCCCUUUGGAAAUCAGCUGAGAGCAAUGAGCUGGGAUAAUGGAGCUUCACAGACCCAAGCUAAGCUGGUGCAGCACAAAGGAAAUCUCCAGGCCUGGUGCACGUCCAGCAGAGCCCGGGGCUCUGUCGGGCCAGCUCUGCAGCCAACACCAAACUGCAGGAGGCAGGACAGCCUUCCCACAUCUCUGCAGCAUUACCUCAACCCCUCACAGCUCCUCCUGACCCGCUGGCAUUAACCACUCGUUCUCAUGUUUGCAAUGUUGCAUCCACACACCCCAAGUGCCAUCGGGAAGGAUGGCGCAGAGGGAAGCGGUUGUAAAGAUCUGAAGAUCUGUCAUGUAUUGUUUGUCAAUAUUCAAGGAAAACCUGCUUUUAGAAAAGGGGCCAGGAUGCUGGCAGGUUAGGGGUGUAACAAUCCUGCCUGCCAAGUGCAGGAUCACUGACAUUUUUUGGGUUGGUUAAUUUUUUUUUUUGGUUGGGCAGUAAAUCAUUUUAACAGUUUAAUAAAUAUUUCUGUAAAACACA